AUGUCUAUUGAAUCAUAUGCCAAGGACUUGAAGGCUGCCCUUCAUCAAUACCCAAACUUCCCUUCUGAAGGUAUUUUGUUUGAGGAUUUCCUACCAAUCUUCAGAGAACCACAACUAUUCCAGAAGUUGGUCGACGCAUUCAAGAUGCACCUGGAAGAGACAUUCACUGAAAAGAAGGUCGAUUACAUCGUCGGUCUGGAGUCUCGUGGGUUCUUGUUCGGCCCAAGCUUGGCUUUAGCCAUGGGCAUCGGCUUUGUCCCAGUUAGAAAAGCUGGUAAGCUGCCUGGUGAAUGUGUCAAGGCUGUUUACGAAAAGGAAUACGGUUCUGAUGAAUUCGAAAUGCAAAAGCAUGCUAUCCCAGCCGGUGCUAACGUUGUCAUUGUUGAUGAUAUUAUCGCUACCGGUGGUUCUGCUGGUGCCGCUGAAGAACUGAUCAAGAAGAUUGGUGCUAACGUUCUAGAAUACGACUUCGUAAUGGAAUUGGAUUUCCUAAAGGGCAGAGAUAAGCUAAACGCCCCAGUUUUCACCUUGUUGAGCUCUCAAAAGGAAGCUCUUCAAAAGCCAUCUGCUUAA